CUAUAAAUACGGGCGGAGAGUUGAGGAGAGGGGGCAUACCAGAAGUGAGCUGCAUAAGAAGGAUCGCCGCAGCAGCAGAGAAGAAGAAGAAGAAGAAGAAGAUGGCUGCUCAUGAUGGCAGUAAAGAGGUCGCAGUGAGAGACACUCCCAUGGUUGGGAGCAACCGUGUGUCUUCUUUGGAUGUUGAGCAGAACCAACUUUCUGCUUCCCACCAUGUUAAGCUUGAAGAAUUUCAGGAGAAGAUGAAGGAGCCACCCGCAUGGAGGAAGUUCUUGACAUACGUAGGACCUGGGUUUCUUGUGUCAUUGGCCUAUCUUGAUCCGGCAAACUUGGAAACUGAUCUGCAAGCAGGGGCUAGUUACCAAUAUGAGCUUCUCUGGGUGGUUCUGAUCGGGCUCAUCUUUGCUCUUCUCAUUCAAUCUCUUGCUGCAAAUCUAGGUGUCACCACAGGCAAGCAUCUGGCUGAGCAUUGCAGAGACGAGUACCCAAGAUUCGUGAACCACUGCUUAUGGCUACUUGCCGAAGUUGCUGUGAUUGCAGCUGAUAUCCCAGAAGUCAUAGGAACAGCCUUCGCACUUAAUAUACUAUUCCACCUACCAGUAUGGGUUGGAGUUCUUCUCACAGGAUCAAGCACACUCCUCCUUCUUGGCUUGCAAAGAUAUGGGGUGAGGAAGCUGGAGAUGCUGAUAGCGAUGAUGGUGUUCGCCAUGGCCGCCUGCUAUUUCGGUGAGCUAGCUUACGUCAAGCCCAAAGCCGGCGACGUCAUUCGUGGUCUCUUCAUCCCCCGACUGAAGGGCAGUGGCGCCACCGGAGCUGCCAUUGCUCUCCUUGGCGCCCUCGUCAUGCCCCACAAUCUCUUCCUUCACUCGGCGCUUGUGCUGUCCAGAAAGGUGCCCAAGUCUGUGAACGGAAUCAACAGUGCGUGCAGGUACUUCCUGCUGGAAAGUGGGUUCGCCCUGUUCGUGGCGCUCCUCAUUAACAUCGCCGUUGUGUCGGUGACCGGAAGAAUCUGCUCCUCCGACAACCUUUCCGGCGGCGACUCCGAAGCAUGCAGUAACCUCACCCUCAAUUCUGCUUCUUUCCUCUUGAAGAAUGUGUUAGGAAAGUCAAGCUCGACAAUAUACGCCAUUGCACUGUUGGCCUCUGGCCAAAGUUCAGCAAUAACUGGGACAUACGCGGGCCAAUUCGUGAUGCAGGGUUUCCUGAAUCUUAAAAUGAAAAGGUGGGCGAGAAAUCUAAUGACGAGGACCAUUGCCAUCACUCCUAGCUUGGUGGUCUCCAUCAUCGGUGGGUCCGCCGGCGCCGGAAAGUUGAUCAUCAUCGCGUCGAUGAUACUUUCCUUCGAGCUACCAUUCGUCUUGAUCCCGCUCCUCAAGUUCAGCAGCAGCGAGACCAAAAUGGGUCCCUAUAAAAACUCCAUUUAUGUUAUUAUUAUAUCGUGGUUGUUGGGUCUGAUGGUGAUCGGAAUCAAUGUGUAUUACCUGACGACGGGCUUCGUUGGGUGGAUGGUCCACAGCACCCUGCCUAAGGCUGCCACCAUCUGCAUCAGCGUCCUCGUGUUUCCUCUAAUGGCGGUUUACCUCCUGGCCGUUCUGUACUUGACAUUCAGGAAGGACCGAGCUGUAACCUUCUUAGAUGUAACGAAGAAUGGGAUUCCAGAUCACUGCCAACUGGAGAAAGGACUGGCUGUUGAUAAUAAUCGCACAGAUGUUGCAGAAACAGAUGAGGUCCCCUAUAGAGAAGAUCUUGCAGAUAUCCCCCUUUCUCGGUAGAGUACUAACCUGAACUUGAGAAGAGGGCUAGCGGUCCACUGCUGCACUACCAAUGAAGGGACGACGACGGAUUCUGAUUCUUCAGCUUCCAAAGGCUCUCUGUUUUGGGGUUAUAUGCCAAUGUACAUGCAAGUGAGGGCAAGAAAGGCCUUUCCUUUUUUCCUUCUUUUGCCCAAUAAAUAGAAUUGUUGUAGUUUUAUAUGUGUGUGUGUGUGUGAUUAGAAAUAAUUAGAUAUGAGGAAAAGGAAGGAUGCCAAGGAGGUGAACGUAGUGCUUCAGCUUCUUCUCUUCUUCCCCUUUGUUAUCGUUGCUGGUCAUGUAAGCCCCUUACCGUUGCUGUAAAAAUUAAUCUUCUUCCAGUGGUAGGCAAAUUUCUUUUGCUCUCUUGUAAGAGAAUUUCUAUUUUUGUGCUUAGCUUUGCCUACGAGGGCAGGUUCCAUGCGCCGUGGUGAACACGGGGCCCCGUGUUCUGCCAUUUUACAGAAGGAUCAUUUUUUCGCCUUUUUUUGAA